GAGCGCGUGAGGAGCCGGCGGGCGAGGCUGGGGGGCCCCGGAGCGCGAGCCGCAGGGCGGAGGGCGGGGGCGCGAGCACAGCGGGCGGCGGCGAGGCGGCAGCCGAGAAGAUGGCGGACGGCGACAGCGGCAGUGAGCGCGGCGGCGGCAGCGGCGGCGGCGGCGGCAGCGGCGGCGGCGGCGGCGGCGGCGGGCAGGGUGGUUUCCAGCCCGCGCCCCGCGGUGGCGGCGAACAGGAGACGCAGGAGCUGGCUUCGAAGCGGCUGGACAUCCAGAACAAGCGCUUCUACCUGGACGUGAAGCAGAACGCCAAGGGCCGCUUCCUGAAGAUCGCUGAGGUGGGCGCGGGCGGCUCCAAGAGCCGCCUCACGCUGUCCAUGGCGGUGGCGGCCGAGUUCCGCGACUCGCUGGGCGACUUCAUCGAGCACUACGCGCAGCUGGGCCCCAGCAGCCCCGAGCAGCUGGCGGCGGGCGCCGAGGAGGGCGGCGGGCCGCGGCGCGCGCUCAAGAGCGAGUUCCUGGUGCGCGAGAACCGCAAGUACUACCUGGAUCUCAAGGAGAACCAGCGCGGCCGCUUCCUGCGCAUCCGCCAGACCGUCAACCGCGGCGGCGGCGGCUUCGGCGCGGGCCCUGGGCCCGGCGGCCUGCAGAGCGGCCAGACCAUCGCGCUGCCCGCGCAGGGGCUCAUCGAGUUCCGCGACGCGCUCGCCAAGCUCAUCGACGACUACGGAGGCGAGGACGACGAGCUGGCUGGAGGCCCGGGAGGCGGCGCCGGCGGCCCCGGAGGCGGCCUGUAUGGGGAACUCCCGGAGGGCACCUCCAUUACGGUGGACUCCAAACGUUUCUUCUUUGACGUGGGCUGCAACAAGUACGGAGUGUUCCUGCGCGUGAGCGAGGUGAAGCCGUCCUACCGCAAUGCCAUCACCGUGCCCUUCAAGGCCUGGGGCAAGUUUGGUGGCGCCUUCUGCCGGUAUGCGGAUGAGAUGAAAGAAAUCCAGGAGCGGCAGCGGGAUAAGCUUUACGAGCGCCGUGCUGGGGGCAGCGGCGGUGGCGAGGAGUCCGAAGGCGAAGAGGUGGAUGAGGAUUGAAACGGCAGCUUUCCCCAUCGGCCUCCCCAACCCCGCCACCACCUCCCCAUAUACCCCUGGCUAGUUCCCAUUCCUGCUCAUUCCCCUGUGAGCUAGUGGAGAGGGAGCCCGGGAGGCCGCCGAGGGAGAAAAGAAAAGAAAAAAAACCAAUAAAAUAAAUAUAUAUAUAUAUAGUUAAGAGAAAUAACCAUAAGACAACAGUCAUGGACAAUGAGAAAAGCAGUAAAGUUCCAGAAAUUGACAGCAACCUGCAAAGAGGACAACAACAUCUCCUCACCUGCAGUAGUCUCAGCUUCUGUUUCCCACCCAAGGUUCCUAAACCCAUCUGGAUAAACCUGAAGGGGAUAGAUUUCCAGUGUCUGGGCCCCCAAACACGUCUGACUUACCCAGAUCCAUGUGUGGAUAACAAUUGAAUUUGUGUUGUACCUGGGUAAUCUAAAGUAUCUCCAGGCCUCGCCCUUGCAGUGUCUGUCCCUUCACAUUCAUUGUAAUUAGCCUUUUGGAUGGAGAUCUUCAUGGGCCUUCUUGAAAGAGGCCUUUGCAGUUACCCAGUCCUGAGAGUCCAGGUUUAUGAAAAGGAAUGCAGCUUUACACAAUCAUGGACAAGGCAAAAAAAAAAAAAAUUCAAGAAGCCAUCAGCGAAUCAAAAGAAAUUGGAUUUUUUUUAAAAAAUGGUUUUGCAUGGAACUUGGCCCCGUGUCUUUUCUUUGCAGAACUGUUUUCCGGGAUGUGAAAAUUCAAAGGCCAAUACUUGAACUAGAGAAUUCAUUACUAAAAUAGUUUAAAAGUUUGGCAAAUUUUUUUUCCAAAAAUAAAAGAUAUUUUACAUUAGGAGUUGCUGAGGUAGGCACAAGAAGUCAGGCAUAAAGCACAAGGCAAACUCUUUGAGUAGAUGGGUUGCUGCUCACUAAAGUUCUUCCCUUGAUCUCUAAAGGCGGAGGUCAUUACCAAGAAGUGGCAUUGGUGUGAAUGAAAGCCAGAUCCUACCAGAUCCUAUGGCUCUACCAUAUGAAUGAGCCAAUGAAUUAUGGCUAAUUUGGCUGUUCCAGCCACUGGUUGGCUGCAUUUUAAACAGUAAAACUUGAUGAUUUUCUGCAAAAGGAACAGUGUGGCUACAAGCCUGAGCUUUAAUGGAAUAUACAUCCUCACCGAGAAGUUGGAAAUAACCAAAACUGAAGUCUUAAUUCAUCUUCAGUUUAAUCUGUGGAUUUGUUCAAAUACUAAAGAUCCUCAGGUCCAGAAUUCCAGCAUCAUUUAUUCUUUUAAAAUAAAUUUUUAAGAACUUGAUCCAUCAUAUUGGUACCUCACAAUCAAAGUUGGCAAAUGAUGGAUGAAUAAUUCAAGCAGUGCACCUGGUGGAAGCUGAAAUCCAUCUGAAUGGAACUGACUUGAAAGUGAAUAUGCUGACUAUAUCCUGGAAGCAUUUUUAUACCAUCUUGAAAUUGCAACAUACUGGCAUUGGCCAGUUUAUCCAGCUGUCUUUCAAGAAUAAAAGUUGGGGUUUUCAAGGA